UAUCCCUAAUGGCCGUUAUUAUAUUCUGCUAAAAAAAACGUUUUUAAAGUCUGCUAUCAAAUUACUCCAAAUCAGGAUUGCGGCUUUGUGUGUUAAAAUUCGAAAAUAAAAUUAUCAACCCCCUAAAGGAAAUAAAACAAACUGAUAAACGAUUCCUGCCUGGUGCGUGAACGAAUGCCGUCCCUAACUACAAGCUUGACAGCAGAGCGAUUCUUUUGUUUUCGCGCAUUUUGUUUCCGAUUCGCCGAAACGGCCUCGCAGCUUGGAUCUGAUUCGUUGCGCUUGUUAUCCCGGUUCUCCAUCCUCCCGAACAGUAUCCCGUGCCAUUCCAUCUCCAUGUGCCAUAAUGACUACCGAGUACAAAAACUUUCAGCCGACUCGAUGCAACGUAUGCUUCCGGGAUUGUCCAAACAAGCCAACCACGGGCAAGCUAAAGUUUUGCGCGAAAUGUAAGCUUAUGAAAUACUGCAGCAAGGAGCACCAGAAAAUCGAUGCACCGGUGCACGAAGAGUUUUGUUCCGCCGUGCAUUCGGUGCUCCAGAAAAGUGGCUCCGACCAUAUACUGUCCUGUGCCGAUCGAUACCUAGGAAAGCCGUUGGCUUAUGCCUGCGCCGAACCGAUCGAUUUGAUCGAUCUGAUGACACGCAUCAACUGCGCCAGCAUGCUGUUGGCGAAGGUUUUGGAUCGUCCGCUGUACUACCACGAGCAGCAGAUGAUCAGCUUCCCGGUGCUGUGCAACGUCUGUCUGGAGUUCCGCCCGGGAAAGCUAACCCUGUGCCAAGAUUGUCACCAGAUUGCUUACUGCAGCGAGGAACAUCGGCUCAACGAUCGAGACAAACAUUCCAAGUGGUGCGAUGGAUUGCGUAUAAACUUUUUCUACGACGGUGGUCCGGUUUCAAUGCCAAAAAACGUGUAUCCCAACAUUCGUUUUGACGAUGGCGACGCGUUGCGCAAGCCGAUUCCGAAAGAUACAUUCGAACUGGCAAGUGCAAUGUUGCUGAAAGACAUCCAAAAUCCCGACACCGAACCCGGCCACGAGCUGGCGCAGCAGAUCGAGGAGCUAAAGCUGGCCGGGAUGUUUUCGCACGUCGGUACAAUCCUGUACGUUUUGCACAAGGUUAGUUUGCUGGAGGCGGUAGGAACGGAGCUGAAUAUUUUCCUGCUUGGUGCAGAGAAAGAGCACCAACUGUUUAAUAUAAUCACACAAGCGGCAUUUUUCGCCUAUCUGCCCAAUUUAAGACACCUUCGACUGUGCUUUAUUGGCCCGAACGUGGAAACAGUGCCCAAGAGUGUUGGGCAUUUCGCGGGCAAUCGUAAGGUGGAGAUCGAAACCUACCGAUACCUUUACCACAAGCUGCCAAGGUGGGCCAAACUUCCCACGCCGCAUCUUGCCAUAGCUUUCAACUGCGGGUUUAAUGAGUUUACGGAUUCGCCGGACCGUACAUGGGACAAAACGAUAUGCAAAAUUCUAACCAUUCCCAACGUUCCGCUCGCAUUUACGUCUUACACGCUCCGGGAAGCGACCGAUGAUGUUUGCGUUGUGGAAAUGGCAGUGAAACGCAAUGAGCACACAAGCGGAGAACUCGUGUACGUGGUUCGAAACGCGGUCAAUCCAUUCCGGCAGCCGAUACCACUGCGCAAUCCCAAUCUGGAUGAUGUAAAUCACGUGCUGUACCAUGAAAAUGGGUACCUUGCCGUGUGUUUGAUGCAGAUAGGAUAACGCUUUUCCGAAACUCGGGAUUUCAGAUGAGAAUCUAUGCAAAGCUGUCGUUUUGUAUUAUACAUGCCAUAAGAUGGUACAUUUCUACACAAGAGAAACAGCCACACAAGCGACUUCUUUCGCGAAGCAUUUAACGUUCCAGUGUACAAUGGGAGCAUAUCCCUUUUCUAUGCAUGUUUUUUGUAAGACUAAUAUUGAUGUAACUUUAUCACGAAUUUAUUAAACAUCACUUCAAAUAAAGUACAACGUUUAGAGUAACUAA